CAGCAAAUUCGAUCCUUCGGAGUACUCGCUGCAAGAUUGGUUAAGGACCCUGUCGGCUGGACGUCGUUGCAGCAUACACGCUGGAAAUGUGUCUACGCGUGAAAGCUUUUGUUCAGUGCGAAGCGAGUAUAUCCAGCGUUUGAGGUCCUGAAAGCCAUUCUGAGGAGUUGAAGUACGAGAGAGCUCCUUAGCUGUUCCUCAUAUGACACUAAUUGUGACAAGCGGAUGUCGAGGAUGUUAACAGCAGAUCUUCGCACAUAGACAGGCUACCAUGCUACUACUGACUUAGCGAAGCCUCUGAUGGUAAUUUCUGGUUUCCAACAGCAAUUCACUGACAGUAUUGGAGUAUGACCCCACCAAAAUAUAAAACAUCCAGGUCAGCAUGUGGUUGGCAAUACUGGUCACUAUCGUUGCGAGCGCGGGCAACAAUGUUGGAAAGGCCCUACAAAAGGAAGCCACGCGACACCUGCCCCGCUUCAGCAUCGAUCCCAAAAUCCUGCUUCAGUAUGCACGCAGCAGGCAGUGGCUCAUUGGUCUUGGCACAGACUUGGGAGGCGCUGUGCUCAUGAUAGCAGCCUUUGCCCUCGCUCCAGUAUCCCUGGUGCAGCCGGUGUCCGGCUUGGGCCUCGCGGUCCUAUCGGUCUUCUCCCACUUCUAUCUCAAGGAGCGACUGCACAGGGGAGAAUGGGCAGCGGUGGCGCUAGCAGGGCUGGGCACGAUCGGGGUAGGCGCAACAUCAGGCUCAGACGGGGGUGAUAGCGAUGGUGGAAAGGAGGCGGAGGAGGCAAUGCCGUCACCCGGGCGCAUCGUGGCGGUGAUGCUGUUAUUAUGCGGGGCCGUCGCUGCGCUGCCGCUGGUGCAUGCGCGGCGGCUGUCGGCCGCGGACCGGCGCACCCGGGCGGCCAAGCCGUCCGCGUCUGUCUACGGGCUCCAGGCGGGUGCCUGCUUUGGAAUGUCGGCGGCGGCCUGCCGAACGGGCUUUCUGCUGGCGGCGCGCGUUUCCUGGACGGCCGCACCGGCGGGGCUGUGCGCAAGCAUCGUGCUUUCCUCGGCUGGUUUUGCGCUGCAGACGCUGGGAUUCAAGGACGGCAACACUGUGGUUGUGUGCACCUGCGCUGCUGUCUCGUCCAUGGUCACAGGUGUGCUGGUGGGGCUGCUGGCUCUAGGGGAGAGGAUGCCACGGACGCUGGCGAUGCGCGCACUGCGGCUGCUGGCAUGGACUGCUAUCGGGCUCGGGGUUUCCGCGCUGGCAGGGGGGAAAGGUGGCUUGGCGCAUGUGGCGCAUGCGCUCCUAUCUAGGCUGCCAGCCAGCGUCCUGAACAGGCUUCCCACACCGGCAGUGGUGCGGAUACGAGCGCUGAGUCAGCGGUUGAAGUCUGAGCAUCUGCCGAUCGUGGUCGAGGCGGAUGGACCUGCAGCUGACAAGCGCUGACGGGCAUUGUAACUGACCUCGCAAACAACUGUAUAGGGAACCCGGUUUGCAUGCACGCCACUCCACCAAUCUGACUGGUGCAGCGGUUCCGGCGAGUCUGACAUGUACAAAUUUAAGUGUAAACUCAUCAUGGUGGUGCUUUC